AGUCAGGGCAGGCUGAGGCGGGGCGGGGGAGAGGAAAAGCUGUGGAAUGGCGGCUGGCCGGGACGGCCCGCUUCGGUGCUGAGGAGUUCAGAGGGAGACGCGGAGAAGGCGUCCGUGGGCGGGGCCGUCUCAAGCAGGUCGGGCGCCCUGGCACUGAGGCGCGGAGAUAGCUCCGGCGCCCCCACCCUCGCAGGGCACAGCACGGCUUUGCCACGCAGCGCCCUGCCUGCCGGCCCGGUGCCCUAGCGCCCCACGCCACUGGGACUACACCUAGAGCCAGGCCUGCUCCCACCCACCCCAAAUACUGCAACCAAUGAUGCGAGGGAAAACUCACAACAUGAUGAUUGAACGCCGCCUGAAGCUGGUCCACCAUGCCAUUAGUAACAAGGAACAUCGAGCCAAGGCACCUGUGCCGUCAGACAUUGCCUAGUGUUCAGAAUGAGCUGGAAUGCGUGACCAACAUCACCCUGGCAAAUGUCAUUCGACAGCUGGGCAGCCUGAGUAAAUUUGCUGAAGACAUAUUUGGAGAGCUUUUUACUCAGGCAAACACCUUUUCCUUUCGUGUAAGCUCUCUAGUUGAGAGAGUUGACCGCCUUCAGAUCAAAGUUACUCAGCUGGAUCCCAAGGAGGAGGAAGUGUCUCUGCAAGGUAUUAACACCAGGAAAGCCUUCAAAAGCUCCACAACUCAGGACCAAAAGCUCUUUGACAGAGACUCUCUCCCUGUGCCUGUCCUUGAAACUUAUGAUGUUUGUAAUAUGCCUCCACCUCUUAAUAUCCUCUCAUCCUACAGGGAUGACGGCAAAGAAGCACUUAAAUUCUAUACAGAUCCGUCAUAUUUCUUUGAUCUUUGGAAGGAGAAAAUGCUGCAGGACACGAAGGAUAUCAUGAAAGAGAAGCGGAAGCAUAGGAAAGAAAAGAAGGAUAAUCCAAACAGAGGAAAUGUGAACCCUCGGAAAAUCAAAAGCCGGAAGGAAGAAUGGGAGAAAAUGAAAAUGGGACAGGAGUUUGUUGAGUCGAGGGAAAAACUUGGACCAGGAGGAUACCCGUCUAAUAUGGUCUAUCAGAAUGGUAGCAUUGGUUCCAAUGAGAGUGUUGAUGCCAACUACUACCCCCCGCCUCCGCAGCCAGAUUCACCAUCGCCUCCUUUGUUCGCAGAGGACAGUCUUCCACCACCACCAAUGGAAUUUAGCUACCCAGCACAAAAUCAGAGUGGUUCCGGAGGGCUGAAAAAAUCCAACCUAGUCAGCCCAAGCCACCCUCCACCAGCUCCACCAAUUGGCUCGCCACAGGGUGCCAGGCCAGGAUUUGCACCACCUCCUGCACCGCCACCGCCGCCGCCGAUGAUUGGUGUUCCUCCACCGCCUCCACUCUCAGGCUUUCCAACUGCAGGCAUCCCACCUCCACCCUCUCCACCCUCCUUCCCACCUCACCCCGAUUUUGCUGCCCCUCCUCCCCCACCACCUCCAGCAGCAGAAUACGCUGCUGUGCCUCCAACCCUGGUAUCUCUGCCAACAGGAGGUGCACCGCCCCCUCCUCCGCCCCCGCCCCCUCCUGGUCCACCUCCAUCAUCUUUUGGCGGCAUGGAUGGGCCAGAAACCCAUCUUCCACAAUCAGAUUCGGGGUCAUCCAAGGCCAAGUCCUCAUUGCCUGCUGUUAGUGAGGCUAGGAGCGACUUGCUUUCUGCUAUCCGUCAAGGAUUCCAGCUCCGUAAAGUAGAAGAGGAGCGUGAACAAGAGAAGCGAGAAGUUGUGGGCAAUGAUGUGGCAACCAUCCUCGCCCGCCGCAUUGCAGUGGAAUACAGCGAUUCCGAGGAUGAUUCUUCAGAGUUUGAUGAGGACGACUGGUCCGAUUAAACACUUGCCCACCAUUUGGGGGUGGUGGGAGUGGGUUUGAGAGAAAACUUAUAUAACUUUGGAGAUUGCCAAAACCAUUUCCCCCUUAUUUUUCCUCUCUCGUCCAGUAACCAAAGAUCAAUGUGCCCAACUUCCAAGUAACCACCAGCCUCUUUCCAUUGUUGGGAUUUGUGCCUCCUUCCAGCAAGAAGGAAACUGAAACUAACCCCAGAUCUCCAUAUUCUCAGGGCCCUAAUAAAAAAA